AUGGCAAACAGGCCACAGCCUUCCCGGAACCUGUCAUCUGUGUUGGUGUGUGCUGGACAAUGUGAGCCAAUUCUUUCAGUUGCCGUCGCCCAUUUUGCGCCAAUUGUUCGUGUUCUCUCUGUUGGCCAGUCGGUUUUUGUAGUCCGUCUCUCUCACAAUCUGCCUUCGUCAAGCCAACUGGCUGAAUGUGUGUGGCUUUGUUUGCUUUUGGCCCAACUGCACAAUUGGCCAAUCGGGCAGGAAGAGGUAAGCCCCGUGAGACAGGCAAUGGGAGGCCGAGUCUGGUCAACCCCUCCGACGGGACUCGAACCUGCUAAAGCCUCGACUUGUCGUCGUCCCCGCCGACUCCACCUACAUGCCUCGAGUCCCGCUGGUGGGUGCAGAGCCGACGGGGAGACGAGCUUUACCCAACCCCAACCCCAACCCCCUCCCUCCCCGUGGGCUCAUCGGCUGACGGAGGCGCUGCAGGUCCGAGCGACUGGAUUGGGAUAA